CCCCUUCUCUCUCAGACUUUUCGUCGAACAGUUAACAGACAAACGAGUCAGGUACUUUGUGUAAACCUGCUGUUGACAACCCAAAUCCGAACGAGAGAAGAGAAACAAAACCCAUUUCUUCGAUUUGGAGAAAAGAAAUCAAAUCAUGGGAAGGUCUCCUUGUUGUGAGAAGGCUCACACCAACAAAGGCGCCUGGACAAAAGAAGAAGACCAGCGCCUCAUUGAUUACAUCCGCACUCAUGGCGAAGGCUGCUGGCGCUCCCUCCCCAAAUCUGCCGGGGUUCUUCCCCGAAACGAAAAAGUCGAUUCCUUUCCCCCUGUUUUGGCAAGUUGUUUGAAUUUUUUUUCCCCAUCUGGAUUUCGUUUCUCGGCAGGGUUGCUCCGAUGCGGGAAGAGUUGCAGACUGAGAUGGAUUAAUUACCUCAGGCCUGAUCUCAAAAGAGGGAAUUUCUCUGAAGAAGAAGACGAACUCAUCAUUAAGCUUCACAGCUUGCUUGGCAACAAAUGGUCUUUGAUUGCCGGAAGACUGCCGGGAAGAACAGACAACGAGAUCAAGAACUACUGGAACACUCACAUCAAGCGAAAGCUCAUGAGCCGCGGAAUCGACCCGCAGACUCACCGUUCCCUCAACGAGAAGCCAACCUCCGCCGUUGUCCCCGUCGCACCAGCAACCACCACCACCGUCACCGCCGCUGCUGUUACUGUUACUCCUCCGGCGAAGCCGACCCAGUUGGAUUUCAAAUCCGCACUGGCUCCAGCUCAAUCCAUGGCGGAAAUCAACCGGCUCCUCCAAUCAAACACGAUGAAGGCGAACAACAGCAUCCUGGAUUUCAAAUUCCAAACGGUGGUAAAAGCAGAGUCCGUCGAGGAAAACAACUGCUCCACCAGCGGGAUGACCACCGACGAAGAACCGCCGCUUCCGAGGCCCGUCUCCGCCGAUGCCGGAGGCGAGCGGCGGGAGGAAUUGAAUUUGGAGCUGACGAUCGGGCUUGCCACUCCUUCUUCUCGUUCUCUAACGACGACCCGGCCAAGUUCGGCUUCCUCCGGGAACUCAGCGGAGUCGAAGCUUCAGUUCCACCCGUAUCUUCAGUUUUCCGGCACGGCAGCUACACCGACGACGACGGCGGCGGAGGCCGUCUGCUUGUGCUGGCAGUUGGGCGGGGGAGCCCGUGGGAAUUGCCACUGCCAAUGUUCUUCCGGUGGGCGGCAACAGCAGCAGAUUAGAUAUCAGUAUUGCUAAUGAUAAUUUCCAGUUUCAUCCCUUUAUUUUUUUUCUUUUCCAUUUUGGGACAGAUUUUGUAUUUACUAUGUAGCUUCUUCCCCCUUCUUUUGUUUUUAAUCUUUUUGGGUAAAUUUUGAAUCUAAGGUGUGUGGGGGUGGGUAGAUUUUGGAUCAUGAAUGUCUUUUUUUGGGGACCAAAAAAAGAGCUUUCACUGGCCAAGUGUAAUUGUAAGGUAAAAGCUCUAGAGAGAUGUAAAAAAAGAAAGAAAAGUUACUGUGGGGGUAAAUGUUAUUAUUUACUGGUUAUUAUUUACUGGCUAUUAUUUAAUGCCUUCUUCUUCUUCUACCAUGUUCUUUCACAUCAAUUUACCAAGUUUGUCGCUUGGUUCUAUCUUUCCUUCUUUCCACCUUCUUGUUUUCCUUGUGCAUU